AAUUAUGUCAAACUGAAGCAAAUGGUACCUAUAGCACAUUUACUAUUCUCAAAAAUAGAUUCAACGUUAAUGAGGUUCUUGACAAAAUUUCUUUAAAAUCUUUAUCAAAAGAACGUCAAGAAUAUCUCUAUAAUGAAAUAAGAAA